AUGUCUCAUCCCCGCCGAAGAGUGCGAUUCUCUGAUGACCCACAACUGCAGACAGACGCCGAGUCACGGCCUCCAACAGAGACAGCACCACAGAUACCCUCAGCUCCCUCAGCUUCCUCGGCUCCCCCCGCUACUUCAGCUACUUCAGCUUCCCCAUGCGACCUUGCUACGGGAUUCGAUGAUAUCUAUGAGGAGCUGGAACCGCGGCAGGUCGCCGUUAUCAGUUCGUGUGGCUUUUGUGGCUUGAUACCAGCGCUAAGCAAGCCGACAGCGGUGGGAACGGCUAUCGGCACGGGCCUGAUGAUUGGAACGGGGAGAGCGUUGUCAAUGAGCGGCCCCGCUGCCAUCACGAUUUCGUAUACGGUCGUCGGAUUCGCUGUCUAUCUGGUACUCUCGGCGCUGGGCGAGGUUGUCGCUUGGUUGCCCAAGCCUUAUACGGUUGCGGACCAGGCUGUGCGGUUCUGUGAUCCGGCACUGGGAUUCAGCUUGGGAUGGAUAUACUGGCUUAAAUAUGCCCUCGUCACACCAAGUCAAUUGACCGCCGCGGCUUUGUUGAUAUCAUACUGGCUGGACCCUGAGCGAGUCAAUCCUGGAGUUUGGAUAACCGUCUUUCUUCUGACAAUCACUGUACUGAACUACCUGCAUCAUGGACUCGCGAGUCAAGUUGAGUUCUAUGUUUCUUCGGUCAAGCUCCUGGUCAUGUUCGCACUCAUGAUUCUCUCGAUCAUCGUUGCUCUUGGAGGUGGGCCCGAUCAGGACAUGCGCGGGUUCCGAUAUUGGAAGAAUCCUGGUGCCUUUGCGAGUCGAUACGAUAACAGCCUCGUCGAAAAUCUCAUUUUGACUUGCGGGACGAUGUCCUCGGCCGCUUUUGUGUACAUUGGGAGCGAACGGGCUGGCAUCCUGGCACAGUCUCCAAAUGUGCGGAAAGCGAUCUCUCGUUCUACCAAGCACAUUUUCUAUCGCACUCUGGUCUUUCAUCUACUUGCGGUCAUCCUGCUCGGGAUGCUUGUUCCCCACGACUCGGUUUCCCUAUCCUUUCACCACAAAGCUAGUAAGAGCGCGGCAGCCUCGCCGUUUGUGGCGGCAUUAUACUUGGCUGGAAUUCCCAUCCUCCCUGAUAUUUUGAAUGCCUUUAUCUUGCUCUUUGUUCUAUCCACGGCGAACUACGAUCUCUGGCUAGCAACCAAAGCCAUGUGUGAUCUGGCUGUCAAGCGCCGGGCACCCAUGUUCCUGUCGCGACUUAACAAGAGAGGCCUUCCCAUGUAUGCGUUGGCGGUGUGCGCUUCUGUGGCGAGCCUUGCGUACCUCAAUGUGCCUCAGGAUGCGGUCCUCAUGUUCAGAUAUCUCACGGAUACCGUCACGAUGCUCGGCCUGCUCACUUGGAUGUCGAUAUUGUUUACCCAUAUAUCUUUCGUCCGAGCACGAAGGGCACAAGGGAUCGAAGACAGCAUCUUACUUUACCGAGCCCGUUUCGGCCUCCCGGGAACCUGGCUGGCAAUAGCGUUGUGUCUUUUUAUUUCUGCGACCAUGAUUCUCGGGUCCUUUUCCUUUGAUUCCGGGAGGAUAAUAUUCGACUAUCGGUCCUUUGUGGCCUGUUAUAUUGGUAUUCCCAUUUAUCUUUGCUUGUACAUUGGCCACAAGGUUGCUAGGAAGAGCAAGCGAGUUGUCCCGAGUGAGGCAGAUCUGUGGACGGACAAAAACGAACCUUCACUCGACUUGCAGGAGACCCGACAAGAGUAA